AUGAGUGAUCGAGUUCGACGAAGGCGAUUAAUGGAAGUCGCUGCGACGACGCAACAACAAAAAAUGCGAAAUGCCGGUGGACUUUCGCCCGCAUCCCGUAUUCGAAUCGCAGCCGAUGUUCAUCGACAUUCAACAUCUGAUGAUGAUUCAGGUUGUGUUUUGGAGGAAUACGCAUGGGUGCCGAGUGGUGUAAAGCCGGAUAUGGUGGGUUUUCAGGAUUUUUUGUUGCGAAAAAAAUGGAAAUAUAUUUUUUUUUUGGUUGCAAACACCGCGACGCACAAAUGCACAAACCGCGUACCGUAGUAAAACUUUAGAAAUUUUUUCACGUGUGAAAAAUUUGCAACGCGUUUCUAUUGUCAUUUCUUCAUUUCUCACUGAUAUUCACCCCAGAACCGAUUGAAAUUUCCAGGUUCACGCAUAUUUCGCGCGUCUCCCGGAAAACAAAAUUCCCUACGUGGGAAGUGUUGGCGAAAAAUGGCGCCAACGUCAACUCCGCGCUCAACUUCCACCACAAGACUCCGAUGUUCGAUACUGUGAAAAUUUGUCGACCGAAGAAGCCGACGAGCUGCGAAUGUUCGAGCGAGGCCGAAAAACCGAGUGUUUGGGAAGAGGAAUUGUUGAGCACGUGCCUUUUGAUGGAAAAUGUUAUAAAUGUAAAAAGGUUAGUGUUUUAGGGAGGGGAAAACACAAAAAAGUUGUCAAGUAUCUGUAGAACAUCUGUCUAUCCUUGAGAUUCAACACUAAACAUUAUGAUAGGCUGUAAACAAUAAUUAUCUAGUAAUUAAACUAAAUUACCUUUUUUGUAUGUUUCAAAAUACUUUAGCAUUAGAAGUUCUAUCAGAUGUGAAAACUCUCAAUUUAUCAACAAAUCUCUCAUACAAAGACUUGUAUCUGGCAGUUUGCCCUGCUUAACCUAAGCCCACCUAAAUUUCACCCUGUCAAUCAAGACUGUACACCUUACGCAACUAUUUAUGCACCCUCUCCUAAUCCGAUAUCUUUCCACCAACAAAAAAAAACAAACAUCUCAAGACAGCUGCCGGCAGAUGGACAAGAAAACCGAUAGUUUUGUUGUGUGUGUGUGUGUAUAUAAUCUGGAAACCUUCUUGAUAUGGGGGAGGGGCUCUUGAGAUCUUAUUCGUGUUUACCAGAAGGUAUGAGGUCAAAAUUUGUUGUACUGAAAUGAAAAAUGAGCGAAUUCCAAUCAUGUACAUAUAAUCCCAUUAUAAAUAAAUCAAAUCUCUCCAUUUCUUGCCGCCAAAACCAAAAAGCCACUGACACAUAAAUCUCGUUUUUUGGCGGUGGCAACAAUAGCCACACCAUCAUCCAAAAAAAGGUCAUGUUAAUUAGCAACCACUCGAGGACAAACAAAAAAAUGAUGGGCAUAAAUGCGCGAGAAAUUUGAGAUGUUUUCGGAAUGGGUUAGAAGAAGAAAGAACUUUUAUGAGAGGCUAUUCUUUAUUCGAGGGGAGGGUAAACAGUUUUACCGCCAAAUUUGGAGGGUAGAUGAAAAUGUGCUCCAUCGAACACAGUUUUUGUGUAGGAGGUUUUCAAAAAUAUUUUUUUCAAUUUUUUUAUCACAUCAUUUUAAAAAUUCUCUACCAUUUCAUCAUAAAAACCAAAAAAAAAUAAUUUAUUUUCAAAAGCCGGAAAAUCACAUAAUUCUUCAUGUGCACCCCUCGUUUCCACUUUCCAAUUUUGCAAUUUUCUCUAAUAUUUAUGACCCCAUAAAUAUAUAUCUGCGACUUAUUUUUUUCGCGCACUCGCCCUGCUUUUCACCAACAACCCAUCUGCUCUUAAUUUCCGUGACUCAUCAAUUACUCAUGUUUGCACACAGCCACACCACCAAAAACCCAUGAAUAUAAUAGAUUUAUCUAGAUCGCUUAUAAUUCUUUGAAAGAGAAAACGAACACUUGUUGAGAAAUUAACCCGAUGGCUAACAUCGAUCUCGUGGUGUAGUGGUUAUCACAUCUGUCUAACACACAGAAGGCCGGCGGUUCGAGCCCGCCCGAGAUCAGAUGUUUUUUUUUGUUUUUUUUCUUUCGAUUUUUUGUCAGAAAAAAAGAACUAAGAAAAAACAUCUGCCUUUUGUUCAAACUGUAUACAGUCAAGUGUUCACUCUCUUAUAGUUAUGCAAAUAUUCUAUCGCAACAUUUUGGAGAACCCAUUCACAUAACAUAAAUCGUUCAAUUUGAAAGUGACAAAUUUAGUGGUCUAACUAAUUUGCAUAAUUAGAGAUGUUAUCGGAAUAAAUGAAAAAAAAUGGAAGGCUUUUUCAUCUACAUAUGUGGUGCUUUUUUCUUUUCUGGGAAAGGGAUUGAAUAAAACCCACAGAAAUUUGCAAAACCGUUGUUUUACGACACGUUUCAAGGUUGAAAUUAAUGGGAACUUUUAGUGUUUACGAAUAAUUACUGUUUUCAAAUGAAACACCACAUAAAUGAGUUUUCUUUUUUCAGUGUAACGAGACCUUGGAAGAGGGUGAAAUGUGUGUGACAGCAACUCGAACUGGAAAAUCAUAUCAUCCGGCGUGUUUUCGAUGUCAGGAUUGUGAUGCGUUGCUGGUGGAUUUGAUUUAUUUUUCGCAUGGAGCGCAGAUUUUUUGCGGACGACAUCAUGCGGAACAAAUGAAACCGAGAUGUGCGAAAUGUGAUGAGGUAAGAGAUUUUCUAAAAUUACAGAACGUUUUUUUCAAAUUCCGAAAACUUUUUGAAAAUAAAAAGAAACUUUUUAAAAUUUUAACGCCUAAAAAUCCACGUGACAAAACUCAAAUUAUUUCUCAAAAUUCAUUUUGAACCCAAAAUUCCAAAAUUUCUCAUCGAAUCUUACAAGGAAUGGUUUUCAAUGUUCCCCCAAGGAAAAAAUCGAGAGUAUGUGGAAUGUUGAGGGUUCCCGUGGGUAAGAAAAACCCUAACGGGAAUAAGGAGAAAAAUGCCUUAUUCUCGAGAAAAAAUGUAUUUUAGGUCGAUUUUUACACCACUUUUUGAUUUUUAGAGCAUCUGUAACUCGAUUUUGAAUCUAUUUCAUGAACUUUUGAGUCGUGGAAGUUGUUCAGAAUGGUCGAUUACGUGUUUGUGAAACUUUUUAUCAAAAAAUUAGACAUUUUUUGAAAUUUGGUUUUUUUAGUCGGGGUUUUCUGAUCAAAUGGUCACCAAAAAACACAAAAAAUAAUUUUUUCCAUUUUCAAAUGAACGGAACUUGAAAAAUUUAUGACGGUCAACAGACGUAAUUUGGUCCGUAGAAUCCAAAAAUCAUAGUCUCGAUUCACACAAACUUCUCCUUCACAACGAAAACGUUGAUUUUCUAUGAAUUUUUCAAACUGGAUUUUUGAUUUAGUGGACUUUUGGGACCAAAAUUAUUUUAUUCCUAAUUUUAGUCGAAGUAAUACUAAAGUACGCCGUUUGCGCUGCAAAUGGAUUUUUAGACUUACAUUUUUCAUCAAUUUUGAAAAAAGUUUCGAUUUUUCUAAAAAAUUUCAUCGCAAAAAUCAAUAACACCAAAAUUUUCUAAAACAAGGCAUUUUUCUCCUUAUUCCCGUUAGGGUUUUUCUUACCCAUGGGAACCCUCAACAUUCCACAUACUCUCGAUUUUUUCCUUGGGGGAACAUUGAAAACCUUUCCUUGUUAGAAAACAAUUUUGCCAUCCAGUAAUUCCACAGAUUUCCUCGAAUCUCCCUCAAAAACUUGUUCAAAAACCAUUAACCCAGAAAGAAAAGGUUUCAAAUUUCCAUUCCAUCUCCUCCGUUUUCCUUCUUCUCCUCUCAACAUUUUUUGAUGAAUUUAUGAUAGUUGUCAUUUUGCCUUUGUUUUUCUUUUCUUUUCUUUUCACACAUGUCUCCCUCUCUUUUUCGGUCAUAAAAAGGCGGUAUGACCAGAUGCUUGACUGAAGCAGCACAAAAAAAUAACACGAAAACUUUGAAUAGGAUCUCUGUGAAUAGGAGGGGUUUUGAACAAAAGAGUUUUGCACUUUUUUUUAAAAAAAUAUUGUCAAUUCGAAAAUACAGUAGACUUGGCGGCUGCUUUGAUCUUUUGUAUUGGUUUUCUAAGCCAUAUCGGUUCUCUUCAAAGGGUCACUAAAAGUUUGAACUUGAAUUGAUUGAAAAAUAUUAACUUCAUAUAGUUCAGCUCACCUUUCUUUAAAAAAAUUUUUUUUCAGCUUAUAUUUGGUGAGGAAUGCACUGAAGCUGAAGGUCGAACUUGGCAUUUGCAUCAUUUUCAAUGUGCACAAUGUAAUGAUGUUUUGGGAGGUCAAAAAUAUAUGCAAAAGUCGAAUAAACCGGUGUGCCUCAAAUGUUAUAAUUCAUCAAAUACAACUCUAAAUUGUGCCACGUGUCAAUCAGCAUUUCCAAUCGAAACUCCACAUAUGUCACAAGGCGAAUUACAUUGGCAUGCAACAUCGGAUUGUUUCUGCUGUUGUGUUUGUUCGAAAAAUUUGCUUGGAGUGAAAUAUUCGAUGGUUGGCGCAAGUCUCUAUUGUGGAUAUAAAACUUGUGGUGGCGAAGAUGAGGAACUUUUUGAAGAGGAUCGAUUGGGUUCGCCGAAUCGGAGAAGAAUGAUUGAAAAGACGACGAAAGUUAUGCGAAUUCAGUCGGCGGCUGCUUCGCCAAGAGUUACAAGAAAACCGAAACCACCACAAAGAGCACCUCCGCCACCACCGCCGCCAGCUGAAAAUAUUUAUGAGACGGUUUUGCCGUGCUCUUCUACAAGCAGCCCGGAAUUUAUGGAUAAGGAAUUUGCGGCACCGAAUUCGCCGACAAAUUAUUAUAGCAAAACACCGAAUAAAAUGUUGAGAUAUCCGGGAGUUUAUGAUGAUUUGACAUCGAGUUCCGAAUCGGAUGAUGAUGAAGAUUUGUAUAUUUCGAAUUUGAUGGCGGCCGCAUCGGUUAGCAGGGUUUGUAGAAUUUUUGAAAUGUUUCAAAGUUGCCUAAAUUUAAUUUGAAAUUACCUUUAAUUUCCAUAGAAAGUUCUACAAAACAUUUUUCUAAAACCUGUUUUUCAGACUGACAAAAAAUCGAAACCAAAAUCCAAAAAAAAUCAACAAGAAAUGAUUCAAGCCGGUGGAAUUCGAAUGGCAAAAAAGAAGAAGAGUUCGAGAUGUAUUGUUUCCUAA